UUCAGACCCGUCCACAAGCGCAGACAUCAACAAGAGCGGGUUACUGAUGCGGGUUGAUUUUCAUAAUAGUCACAUCGUAACGACGCGCUCUAAGGACUACUUCGUAUCAGCUUCACGCAGCUUGCAACAAGAUGUUUGGCUUUCAUAAGCCAAAAAUGUACAGGAGUUUGGACGGCUGCUGCAUCUGCCGCGCAAAGUCGUCAAGCUCUCGUUUCACGGACAGUAAGCGGUACGAGAAAGACUUCAGGAGCUGUUUUGGACUGAGUGAAACGCGAUCUGGAGAAAUCUGUAACGCCUGUGUGCUGCUGGUGAAACGAUGGAAAAAGCUACCUGUGGGAACCAAGAAGAACUGGAACCAUGUUGUUGAUGCCAGAGGAGGUCCCAGCCUAAAGAUAACUUCCAGGCCCAAGAAGAUAAAGUCCAUCUCCAAGAAAGCCCGGCCGAGCCAGAUCAGCAGGCUGCAGAAAGAGCUUAAAAGAAACAAUUCAGAUGCUCACAGCACCACCUCCAGUACCUCCCCAGCUCAGUCUCCGAGCUACAGCAACCUGUCCGAUGACGGCUCAGACACUGAGCUCAGCCCUGGAUCCAGCCGCUCCCCCGUUUUCUCAUUUCUGGACCUCACUUACUGGAAGAGGCAAAAGGUGUGCUGUGGAAUAAUCUACAAGGGGCGCUUUGGGGAGGUGCUCAUUGACCCCCAUUUGUUCAAACCAUGCUGCCGCAACAAACGGCAGCAGCAGCAAGAGGAGGAGGAAGAAGAGGAGGAGGAGGAAGACGAGGAGGAAGAGGUGGAGAUAGAGGAGGGCCAGGUGGGCGUGGAUAUCAGCGGGCAUAAAUCCCAGACGGAAGAGGAAGUGAAGGAGACACCAAGGUGUGAGGAAAAUGCAGAGCCUGCACAGCUAUGUGUAACCAUGACAACACCUCCAACCAGGAGCGGGGCGGUGAUGGAGGACGGGUGGUAAAGUCAAAACUCCGCCUUGCACACAUCUCUGAAGAAAUCUUGGGGUGCUGUUUUUUUCUCAAGCACUUACAGAAAGAAGUUGCCUCAGAUUGCCUUCAAUCAUAAAGCAGCUGGAAAUCCUUUGGUCUUCUCCAUAAUAACUUUGGAGGUUUGUUUAUUUUGUUUAAAUGGUAACUUAUGAACUGUUGUUUUUUCACUUUGUCUCUUAUGUUGUAUUUAAUAUUCAUGCUAUCCUGAUGAUUAGACCGUCAUCUGUGGUGUUUUGAUCUACUUUAGAUGAAAUGCUGGAGCUCUACUUUGCUGAUACAUUGAAAAUAUUUGAUUCCAAAACGCAAUAGAUCAUCAUUUUACUCACAGAAAGAAGGUGCUACUUGAAAUUCAUUACUCAACAUUUCAAACAUACAGCUGAACCCAUUCUCAAUGUGGAUCUUUUACAAGCAUACAUGUUAAGAUUGACUAAUAUAAUGACAUUACUUUUGCUUUCUUUGUUAAGAGUAGAUAUCUCUUUUUUGAAAUGGUGGAUAUCUCGUUUUGGAAUGAAUGACACUUUACAUUGACAGAGCACAGACCUGUACAGUAGCCCUUGUGUUUGUGUCUUUUCACAUUGACAUCCAUUCCUAUCAAAGAAUCUGUGUUUGUAGACCGUCUAUGUGUGCAAAUACGUGUGUGGGUCCGAUUUAAAUAAGGCCUAUUCACAGCUUCAACAGCAAAUACACCAGCCUUAAUUAUGUGUUACAAACAGUGCUAGCGUUAAUUCUGGAUUAAGGAACACAAAGGGACAGUAGCUAUAUUUAUUGUGGCCUCAGCAACACAUACUGUAGUGCAUUUUGCAUGAAUGGCAAAGCCCACUCAUCCAAAAGACCUAGCCUAAUGAUCUGAUGCAUGAGUCUACUAAAAUUGCAUGGCCUUAUAUGAACUGUAAAUCUUACUUUUAUUUUUUUGGAUCCAUUUCUCUGAAGUUUUAACUUAUUUUUAUAUGUAAGGUAAAAAAAAAAAAAA